AUGAGGGCACCGACCCUACCCCCCGAGGUCCUCUUCGAGAUCAUAGGCGACCUCGACGGCGCCAAGGACAAGGCGACGCUCCACAGCCUGCUGCUCGUCUCACGAACAGUAUCGGCCAUCGCAUUGCCGUGCCUGUAUGCUCACCUGAAGCUCAACGACGCCCAGUUCGCUCAGCUAGUAGAAACGGGCCACGAUGAUCCGUUUCGCCGCCAGCGCUUCAGCAUGAUCCAGCACCUAGAGCUCCGUCCCCCGCCCUCGGCGGGAACCAUGGCCACAGUGUACGCAGCACUGAGCGGCGGGAGCGAUCCUCUCUUCCCCAACGUCAAGACGCUGCGCAUCGAGGACCCAGACCACAAGAGCGAGGGGUAUGACUUCCGCAAGCGCCGAGCCGAGGCUGGGCUGGCACAGUUCGACGCGCCGGACGUGUGCAUACGGGGAAGGUGCUUGGCUGUCGACGCGCUCCAGUAUCUGCCGUCACCCAGCGUGUCCUCGUCCACGCUCACCGUGCACACCGACUUUCUCGCGGAUAUCACCCAGUCGAGCAUCCCGCGCGGGUGGCGCCAGCUCGUGGUGUACCACACCGAGGUGCUUGCGAUCAUGCACUACGAGGAGUAUCGCGAGUUCAUCGUCAUGUCCAAGCCUGCUGCCGGGUGGUCGCGGGAGCCAAUGGUCAUCUACCUGCCGAACAGUGAGGAAAUGGAGACGGAGCUCCGCCGGACGUUGGGCGUGUUCGAGGGGUAUCCUCCGUACUGGGACCCGUCUACCGCCAAGUGUCUCGUUUUCGACGAAAACGCCCCGGCAUGCGGUGUUUGCGGCUGCAGGUAG